AUGCAGGUGGUAGAAGACAAGGAAGAUGUUCAGGACGCUUGUUUGAAACACGAUGAGUCAAAAGUCAACCCUGGAGUAAAUGAUUCACAUACGGAGGAAGAGGAAGAGGAAGAGGAAGAGGAAGGGGAGGAAAAGGAGGAGGAAGGGGAGGGUAAGGGAGAUGAAGAUGCUGGCGCGGUAGAAUAUCCUUCCACGAGGAUCCUUCCCGACACGAAUCGUGACGAGAUUGAUGCUGAUUUUGACCUAACAGCUGAUUUGCCCCUUGAUACAGAAUAUAUCGAUCUUGUACAUUUGAAGAUUAGCUCGCUAGAAGACUUGAACCUUUCCCGAUUUCAAAAGUUGGAAGCAUUGUGCUUAAGACAAAACCUUAUACCCUCAAUUUCAGGGGUAAAAGAUUUAUCACCCACUUUACAGGAGUUGGAUUUUUAUGACAAUAGGAUAAAUCAUAUUUCCAGUUCAAUUAAACAUUUGACAAAAUUGCAAAACCUAGAUUUAUCGUUCAACAAGAUAAAGAAUAUCAAGAAUUUAGAGACUUUAACCGAGCUAGAGAACUUGUACUUUGUUGCCAACAACAUUCGAGAAAUUAGAAAUUUAGACAAUUUAACCAAGAUCAAAAACUUGGAGUUGGGCGGGAACAAAAUUGAGGUUAUUGAGAAUAUUGAGAAACUAGUCAAUAUAACCCAAUUAUGGCUUGGUAAAAACAGAAUCCGUAAAUUUCAAAACUUGGACACCUUGGUUAAUUUAAGGGUGCUUUCCAUUCAAUCCAACAGAAUAAUAAAGAUUGAAGGAUUAGAAAACUUGAAGAAUCUAGAAGAAUUGUACUUAUCACAUAACGGUAUUGAAAAAAUUGAAGGAUUGGAAAAUAACACAAACCUUCAAGUUUUGGAUGUCACGUCAAAUAAAUUAAAAGAGUUGUCUGGAUUAAAACAAUUGAAAAAAUUGACAGAUUUCUGGUGCUCGUAUAAUCAAAUACUGAGCUUUGAAAAUGUUGCUGACCAGUUGGGCAAUUUACCAGAUUUAGAGUGUGUUUACUUUGAAGGCAAUCCUAUUCAAAAAGAUAACCCCACGUCAUAUAGAAGAAAAUUGAAGUUGUAUCUAGGCCAUUCGUUGAAUAAAAUAGAUGCGACAUUUAUACAUUCAUGA